UAUAUUCGAACUGGUUUUUAAUUUUUAGUUUACCUACUGUUAUAAAAGUUUAGAUAUUAAAUAACACACUAACAAUGUCAGCCAUUGAUACAUUAACAUGGGCUGAAUUCUCUAAAGAGUCCUUAGAGUUUUUGGAUAUCUCAAAACAACUGGAUGAUACUUGGAGCUGGGAAGUAAAGAAUGCUGAAGUUGAAGGCCAGUCUUACCUUAGGUAUACAAAAAAACUUACACAUCCCUUAAGCCAAGAAUUAAUACAAAUCGAAUAUCAUAUUGUGUAUUCGAUAUCCUAUCAGGUGCCCAUGUUGUAUUUACAAGCAUAUGCGAAUGAUGGUAAACCCAUGUCCCUGGAAAACGUAUGGACUAUAUUCCAACAUGACCAAGACACAAAAUAUUCUAGAGAAGAUAUGUUGUCCAUCUUAACACAAAUGGAUCAUCCUAUAUAUUUCCGGCCCUUUAUAUGUUUACAUCCUUGUCGUACUUCGGAGAUUUUGGCAGCUACUCCAAAAAGCUGCAAUCGUGUUUUAACAUUUAUAAGCGUUAUGGGUCCCUAUAUGCAAUUGAAAUUGGAUAAUAGAUAUGGUUUGCACUAUCAAGAUAAAUCGAAUGAAGAAUAAUAUGUAGGGUAUAUUUCAUUGUUAUUUGAAAUUACAUAGAAAAAGUUAAAUUUAUCUGUUUUUCUUAAUAAAAUAAAGCUAAAAAUUAAUGAUAAA